UUCUGCUAGCUGAGAAAUGGGCACGAAUGAACAAACUUCCAUUUCCCAAGAUCGACCCAAAGGUGUUUGAUCGGGAGGGGAUGAAGGAGUGUUAUGUAUUUAAGCCCAAACAAGGAGAAAAGAACUGCCCUACUAUUAUCCAUUUUGUCCUGGUCAAUGUUGAAUUCAGGACGAUCAAAGCUCCAGGGGUUCCACGUCAGACGGACAAAGAGAGAGAAUUUGCAGACUUUGAUAUCUUCGAUGACCCAGAGACACCCUACUCAACCUUCAAUUUUCAGUAUUCCAAUCAAGCCUUCACCCAGCUACAUGAUCUUAUGGAAUUCAACACGCUUAACAACAUUGAGGUCAUCAAAGAAGGCAUAAAGGACAGUAUCUUGUAUAGGAAGGAGACUCCAUCUCGCUGCUCUGCCUCUCUUUCUCUCAGUCAAGUACAAAACAAAAAACACCUGAAGAGGGUGUCCAAAGGACAAGCAUGCCAAUAAGUAUGCAGAGUAUGAUGGCAUUCUAGCCACAGGAAGUUUACAGAUUCACACAUCUCAUCAUGGAAACACUUUUUUAAAACUGAAAAACAACUCCACAAAUUGUGAAACCAGAUGAUCUGGUUUGGUUCCCAGAACAUUCUCAUGUAGCCUUUUAAUAAUAAAAAGAGAAGUGGUGAGUGACGCAAUGAAAUUACCAGUUACAGCCUAAUUGUUGACAUUAGGUUGUGCAGGUGUUUUAGUUUUUCUAGAAAUAAAUUGUUGUGUGAACUUCUAUUAAGAUACAUAAUGUCUAUUUAAAGUGCAGAGAGAUUUACUUCUUGCCGUUAGUUCACCCAAAAAGACAUUUUUGUUAUCAUU